AUGUCUAAUUCCCCUUUAACAAAAAUACCAACUUCUGCCUUUUCUCCCGUUUCAGCUUUAUCUAUUAGAAAAUAAGACUAAAUUCCUUAAGUUUUAUCUAAAUAAGCUAUUGACUUAUAAAAUACUCUCAAUAAACUCAAAGAAGCAAAAUAAAAAAAAAAAAUUUCAAAUUCUAAUUUAGUAGUCUAAUCGAUAAGUAAUUUCUUAUAUGAACUAUAGCUAAUCCAGUAAGUAGUCCUCAAAAAAAUAUAUAUACUGAAGAAUCAACACCUAUAUAAAUUUAAUAUAAAUCAUUAUUCAAGGAUAUCGAAUCACUUUAGAUCUGUUAACCUAAAACUUACAAUUAAAUGAAUGAUUAAGAGGCUGAAUAAAAGUAUGAGUAAAGAAAAAAAUAAAUAAAAGAAUAAAUAGAUAGAACUAAAUCAAACAGUAAAAUAAAAUAGAAACCUAAAUAAAAUUAAAAGAAGACUGUUGAGAAAUAAAUUUAAAAAAUUGAUCUCUCUAAAAAUUCUAAUAAAAAAUUAAAAUAAGAAUCUGUAUCUUAAGUAUAAACCAUUAUUCCAAAAUCAAAAGACCAUCUUCAUAAUCAACUGAAAGUUAUGCAAAAACAAUUAAAGUAGGAUAUUGCUAAGCUUGAUUAUGAAAUCAAAGGAGAACAUAAGAAUUGUUUAUUUGAAAGUAAAAAUAAAGGACAUGAAUUAUAUUAAUAAGGAUUAUUAAUGUAAGAUAGAAAGUAUUUAUAUUUAUUAAUCAUUUAAGAUAAUUUAAAAAAAAAGUUCAUGAAAUUUAAAAAAAAGAAAAGGAGAAGUAAGAAUGUACUUUCUAACCACUAAUAAGUUAAUAGAAAAGAUUGAAAAAUCAAUCUCGAUAAAUCUAAUCAAGAUUGCAUUAGAAUGAAUCGAAAUAGUAAGUUAAAUGUUAAAGUAACAGAGACGGUUAAAUAACUUCGAAAAGAUUAUCUCGUUCUAAUUCUUAAGAUUAGAUUAAUAGUACAACAAUCACAUAAACAAUAAAUUGUAAUAAUGAAAUAAAUUGUAAUUUGAAUUAUAAAUUUUUUAGUCUACUUAAACAGAAUUCAAGAUAAGUAUUAAUAAAUAAUGAAAAGAGCCAAUGCUUUAAAAAUUAAAGGAUUUUGA